AACACGGAGCAGGAGAAGGUUCUUCAGCUCCCGUGAGGACCCUGCGGAAGGACAAGACGACAAGUGGAACCCCUGUCUGCGGCAAUCUUCUAACACGAUGGACAGCCGUUUACUGUUGGUCUUUGUCUGUGUCUGGGGCGUGGCCAAACCUCACCACUCCACAGGUAACCUGUUGGCCACCAUCCGCGCCACCCAGUCCAGUCUGUUGGACUUCCGCGGAUACGCCCUCAAUGCUAUCGACAGGAACACGGACACCAACUACGAGACGGGAUCGUGCAGCAGCACCAAAGCGGAGACGUCGCCCUGGUGGAGCGUUGACAUGUUCUACCAUUACCGCGUCUACGUCGUGAAAAUCACCGCCGGCCGCAAGGGAGCCGGCAUCAGAGGAGCCUCGAUCCUCAUUGGAGACUCUCCGGCAGUCAACGGCAAUGGAAAUGCGAUGUGUGCAACGGACGUGAAUGUUCCCUCGGGCGAGUCUGCCUUCGUGUUCUGCAAACCAAAGGGCGUGCACGGGCGGUUCAUGACCAUCACCCUCCCCGGGAAGACGGCAGCCCUGUUACUCUGUGAGGUGGAGGCAUUCGGAUCGCACGAACCUCACUAACUCUCACGAUACACCGGCGCGGAACCGACAAUCUCCACUUUGUGCUUCCUUCUUAUGCAGCUAAUUCGGGUGGAGAACAGAUCCCGGGCCUUAACCCCGGGCCGCUCUGCCCUUCCCCGCUUCAAGCAACACUUAACCGCGAUCCAUCCAUGGAAUGUGCAGUCGGCUCAGAGCGAACGACAGUGGGCUGUUGGGUGAGGUAUCAUCGCCGGAGAAAGAACCACUUCCGCAAGCGGCCGGAGACCGGGAGCUGGGGCGGAGCCGCUAGCGGAAGCCGAGCACACUGCCAGCAACACAGUCUGCCCCGCUCCUUCCCACUGAGCUCAUAAUGGCAUCCGCUCCGCUCCGUCCCCGACCUGGAUCUGUGCUGCAGCCCGUCGGUCCCGUCUGAUGGGCCUGUGCCCGGCCACCACCUGCCUGUACUGGGGCGUCCUCUCUCUGAGCCGGGGUACGGCCCGCAACCUGUGCAUCUUCUGUCUGAAUAAAUCUAUGCUACGGCUGUUUGCAAACCAA